UAUAUUUGAUUUUAUUCUCAAACCGGAAGUGUGAGGUAUCGACAGAAGUAACCAGAUGGCGAAUUUGUUUGGCGGUUUAAUGGCUCCUUCUCCAUUCAUGUUAGAAGAGGUUAUGCGGUGAAACUAGGUGAAACGUUCGUGUAGCUCGCGACAAAUUUUUGUAUCCUACGAUAAAAACAAUCAGCCAAGAUGACGAUUGGCAAGAACAACAAGAUGCUUCAGCAUAUCAACUAUCGAGUUAGGAUUAUCCUACAGGAUUCUAGAACAUUCAUAGGCACAUUCAAGGCCUUUGACAAACACAUGAAUCUGAUACUUGGUGAUUGUGAAGAGUUUCGCAAGAUCAAGCCAAAGAAUACCAAGCAACCUGAGAGGGAGGAAAAGCGUGUGUUGGGUUUUGUGCUUUUACGGGGUGAGAAUAUUGUUUCCUUGACGGUAGAGGGUCCACCGCCUCCCGAAGAAGGUUUGCCAAGAGUACCAAUUCCGGGAGCAGCACCAGGACCAGGUAUGGCUCGUGCUGCUGGGAGAGGUAUGCCUGCAAAUGUUGCGGGAGUGCCGGCUGGAUUGCAGGGACCCGUUAGGGGUGUUGGAGGCCCAUCCCAACAGAUCAUGACACCUGGUAGUAGAGGACAAGUUUCGGCACCGCCUCAAAUACAUCCUGGUGGUCCGCCGCGCAUGCCAGUCGGUGGACCGCCACCAGGCAUGAUGGGACCGCCGGCUGGAAUGAUGGGUAUGCCACCAGGAAUGCCGCCUAUAGGACGCGGAGGUCCACCAAUGGGACCACCUGGUAUGCGAGGCCCGCCUCCAGGUUUGAUGCGCGGUGGUCCACCUCGCCCGUAUUAAUAAUUAGAUGAUUAAGAGAUAUUUCAUAAUAAUUAGAGAUAAAAAAUUCUCUUGUAAUAUUAAUAUACUGUACUUUUUAAUCUUCAUAAAACUCUUGUGUGAAUGUAUAACAGUUUUAUAAAAUCAGAAUUUAUACCAAAUAAUAAAGUUUUUUUCAAGUAAUGUUCAUUAUCUUUACUUGGAAAAAAUCAAUAUAUCAAUAUAUUAAUAAUAUUCUAAAACUAUAAUUUGUGCAAAUGUUUCAAUUAAAAAUAAAUUUGUGAUUUAAGACAAUGAAUUUACUUACUACAUACUUCUGAAGUAAAUCUGUUCUAAUAGUAAUGUAACAUAUAUCCUAGCUUUCUUAAAUAGUAUUAUUACACGCGCGACAAAUGUAUAUUAAUAUUAUUAAACGUUUAAAGGUAGUAAC